AGACUGGACGACCAGUCUUGGCCUAACCGUGGGAUGAGGAAGAACCUCUCGGAGCCAAGAGAGGUCGUGGUAGUAGUAGUAGCUCAGUCGGAGAGAGAGAUCUCGUGGGGUUUUUCCCUCCCUCCUGGCAUUCACCUGUUGGCGUCUGAGGAAGUCGCGAGCGCGUGAGAUAGAGAGAGAAGGACCACUUCUACUAAUUGCCUUCAAGCGUGCAGAAAUAAGAAAAGAUAUUCGCUUUGUAUUGGUUACAUUUCUAUACAUAUAUACAUUUUUUUUGAAGCGUUGCUUACUCGUGUUUAACUUUCUAGUAUGUCGUAAAAGAGUGACAUCAAUGCGUGCCGAAGCUGCCUCACGAUGCUUCCCUGUGAAAAGUUUAAGAAACUCUCUAGCUAGAAAUAAGUCUAGGGUCACCUUCUGCUAUCAUGCAAGAUUAUUCCAAUGAGCUUCGAGCUGUCUAGACGGGGAGGUGCCAUUAGAUGUACGCUGGAUUUCCAAAACGAAAACAGAGAAAUCGUCAAAAACUUCCAAGUGCACAGCAGCCAUGAAGGUGCACGACGUGAAAUGGAGGAUACUAUUAGCACAUUCAGAUUGUUCAGGUCCACUCCCUGUGUUCAGCAUAUGACUGUGCAGGCUGACUUCUUCAGUGAACUGACGUGCCAUCGUAUAAGUACUCAUGUCAGCACACGAGUCAGCAAUAUCCAAUAGUUGAUGGUCAAGUCUGAUUAGGUGAUCAACGAGUGUCUUCAAUUAGCGUUAAGACCUCAUGCCUGGCCCUUGGGAAGGUGACCUGACCACUUCAAUAUCCCUCGAGAUCCCACAGGGCGAGGUCUCACGGAGAGAGUUCACGAAAUCGGACGAAGACAUCCGAGGCGAGGUCAUACUGGCAGAAGUCUACGAGGAGCUGAUCAGACAGGCAGGGGUCCUGUCCAUUGUGGAUUACCCAGCGAACACCACUAGUCUUUGGAUCGGGGACAAUCAGACGGCAUGGGAGAACGCGGAGGAGUCAGCCACUGGCUCGGUGGCCAAUUGGUGGGGUCUAGUGGCUCUGCUGGUGGUCCUUCUGACUCUGUUCGGCAACAUCCUGCUGAUCUUGGCGAUCUCGUGGGAUCGCAGGCUGCAGAAUAUGACCAAUUACUUCCUGCUCUCCUUAGCUGUCACGGAUCUCAUGGUGGCGUCUCUGGUCAUGCCUCUCUCCAUCGUCGUCCUGGUUCUAGGGCACUUCCCAUUUUCCUCGAGGCUCUGCCUAGUGUGGAUCUCAUUAGACGUGCUCUUCUGUACGGCAUCCAUAAUGCAUUUAUGCACGCUGUCAGUUGACCGCUUUCUUUCUCUCAGGUAUCCUAUGAAGUUCGGUCGACACAAGACUCGUCGUCGAGUGGUGCUGAAGAUUGUUUUAGUGUGGUGUCUCUCCUUCGCCGCCUCCCUACCUCUGUCCUUGAUGUACGCCACAGAUCCUCAUUCCACUAUUGUUGAUGGAGUCUGCCAAAUCCCCGUCUCCCUCUUCCAGAUCAUAGGAUCCAUCAUUUGUUUCUACAUCCCCCUCAUCAUAAUGCUUGUGACUUACGCGCUGACCGUCAGGCUUCUCUCUAAGAAACAGAGUGAGUUGCAAGCAACUGUUCUGGAGCCUUCGUCAGCAACGCCUUCACCUAGGUCUGUUAGGUGGAAAAAGCUCCUUUGUAAAACGACUUCUAAUCUGAGCACCAGCACCGCCGUCUCGCUGACGGACGGGGAAAUGUGCGACACGGGUUGUGGAAGCCUGGAAUCACGCUGCGAUGACUGUAAGCUCAGGAGGUUCGGCAGCAGCCCUUUGCGGAGGCCGCCCUUAGUUAGGUACACGAGUCAUCAUUAUCGGGCUGCCCUCGCGCGUGGCGGGGCCUGCGGAAGACGAGGGUAUUCCGUAAGAGAGCAUAAGCGAGACGUCGGCGACGCCAGUGGCGAGGAUCGCCUCUACCCUCCACUGCCGGCGAACCCCAGUUUCGAACUGUCGGUGUUCCCUUCGCAGGGGUCCCCCGACAGGUCUCGCUCAGCCCCGACCUCCACGACAACGUCGCCCAGACAUCGACGCCACAAGAGCGACGGGAGCCCCUCUCACCAUUCCCACCCCGAUUCCAGUCUCGCGAGAAUGGAGAACGAAGAGAACAAUCAGGAAACCAAGAGGAACGAGAGUUCUGGGUGUGAGCGGAAUGGCGGUCCUCGCAGGAAGGAGGCGCAGAACGACUGCAACGACGAAUGCGAAGGGACUGACAGCAGCGAACACGUGACUGUCCCCUGCAGCUGCGCCCCCAGGUUCUUCCUGGAGGAUAUCAAGGCGUCUUCCAACAGCCAAUGCCAAGAGUGUACAGAGCCCAGGCCGCAAGAGGUGCCCUCUCACUAUCAGAGCCGUCAGCAUCGACAGAGUCAAGAACUGAACCCUAGACGAAGAGACAGUUGCUGUACUGGUUGCUGUCCAAGGAGGGGAAGCAACACCGUUUGCUGUUGUCCUUGUUCUAUCACCAGGCUCAUCAGUCGCCACAAUGGAUCUAAGGGCGCUACAACAGGUUUAUCAUCCCCUUGGAACGAAGAGUCUAGCCCCAGGGGGUCAGAUCUAGUCACCCGAGCGACACUAAGGCCAGGGGGUCAGGUCACAACGAUGCUUCACAAGCCUCCGUCAGUGGAGUCCUCUUCGGUGACGUCUUCGCCAGGGUCCUCGAGAGGCCUGUGGCGCCAGCAGUCGUGCACAGCGUCCAUCAAAUACGUCUCCUCCAAGAAACACGGCAGGAACAUCAGGAUGGAACAAAAGGCUACCAAGGUCCUGGGCGUCGUCUUCUUCACCUUCGUGCUGCUGUGGGCGCCGUUCUUCAUUACCAACGUCCUCAUCUCCUUCGGCACCGACAUCGGGGAGGACAUGAUCAACUUCGUGACGUGGCUGGGCUACGCCUCCUCCAUGGUCAACCCCUUCUUCUACACCUUCUUCAACAAGACAUUCAGACAGACUUUCCUCAAGAUCAUCAAGUGCGAUAUGCGGCGAAGCAAAAAGUACCAUUUUUAAAAGAAAGGACUUCUUUCGAUGUAUAUAUAACUAUGAGUGUACAUAUUACAACUAUGGUUUGAUGUUCGGAGUUGCAACUGUUUAUGUAUGUGUUUACAUUUGCGUCUGUACAUGCCUACUUGUAUACGUACGUAUA